AAUUUUUCAUUUUUGUCUUUUUCUGAGCUCUUCGUCAUUGGUGACUUUUGAAUGACGGACAUUGGGACUGGGACUGGAUUGCCGCAGCAGCAGCAGCAGCCUCGCUCGGCUGUUCCGCCGGCCCCGCUGCCGCGCACCCCAGCCAGCGAAGGCGGGUCGCUUGUUUCCAACUACCUCACCUCGCACCCUCCGACCGAGCUCGACCUCGACGAAGAGAAGGCUGUCGACCAGUUCCUCUCGGGCGUCAACGUCAUGCAAUCGCAAAAGCGCCGUCCACCUGCUACACGCGAAGAUGCGGUCAAGUUCCUGAUGGCUCGCAAGUUUGAUGUUGCGCGCGCUAUCGAACUCUUCUACAAGUUCCAGGAUCUGGCUGCUCGCCUCCGUCUCGAAACUCUGGAUGUCAGCACCCUGAAGGACGAGCUGAUGACUGGCAAGUUCAUGGUGCCUGGCGGUCGUCAGCCAGACAAUUCCAUUGUCUUUUUCUUCACCGCCAAUCGCCACAACCCCAAAAAGUCGUCGCGAGAUGUGGCGCUGCAAACGAUCGUGUUUAUGCUGAAUGAAACCGUCUCCACGCUGGAGAACCAACGCGGCGGCAUUACCUUCAUUUACAACAUGACGAACUCCAACUGGGGCCAGUUCGACUACACCUUGAGCCGCAUGGUCCUUGAUACACUGCAGGAUUCCUUCCCCGCUCGUAUUCGUCGAAUCUAUGUUGUUGAUGCGCCUUGGUGGGUUUCCAAGCCGCUCGCUGUUGUUCGCGGAAUGAUGAAGGAAAAGACCAACGGCAAGAUCGAGUUGGUGAAGAACAUUGCUCAGGUCGUUGGGUCUAACCAACUGCCAAUCGAGUUUGGCGGCGAAGUUGGCUACGACCAUGGGUUCUGGGUUCGAGGCGAGCUGUCCAAGGCUGAACGCAAGCGCGCCGAGCGUCAGCGAGAGAUUGAGCUCUUCCGCCAGCAGUAUGAGCAACAACAAGCUGCUGCUGCUGCCCCUCCUCAAGCCGUCGCCGCUCCUGCAGCUGCUCCCGCCGUUGUUGCUCCUGCUGUUGUUGCAGAGCCUGUUGUCGCCAAGCCUGUCGUUGCGGAAUCAGUCACUGCCCCUGCUGAACCUGUCGUUGCGGAACCAGUCACUGCCGCUGCUGAGCCUGUUAUCGAGAAAUCGGGAGCUGCUGAAGCUAAAGCUAUUAUCGAGAAAUCGGAAGCUGCCUCUGCCGAGCCUGUCACUGCCGAGCCUGUCCCUGCUGAGCCUGCUGUCGCGAAUGAAACGGCACCCCAGCACGCCUCGCUUGAAGGCCAAACCGCGCUUCCUGAUGGCAAGCAAGAAGUCAUUCCGGCCGAUGAAGACCCUGUCACUGAGGCGCCUGUUGCCGUUGCGACGCCUUUGGUCGAUGUCUUUGAACCUUCUUCCAACGCCCCAGAGCUUCCUCCGCACCCGACCGAGAAGCCGCGCCCAAGCUACAAACGCCUGCUCGAAGAACUCGUCCACAAGCAAAACAAUGAGCUGCUCGAAUCCGAGUUCAAAUCGGUCUCGCCCAGCGUCGGUGACCCGACAUUCCAUGCGGCGCGUCGCGAUCAGAACAAGGCCAAGAACCGAUACAACAACAUCUUUGCGAACGACGACACUCGCGUUCGCUUGGGUGUGGAAGAGGAGGGCGUUGACAUGUCCGCUAUCGACUACAUCAAUGCCAACUACAUUGACGGCUACUCGCAGCCACGCGAGUUUAUUGCAACCCAGGGCCCGCUGGAAGCCACUCUGCCUGCAUUCUGGCAGAUGAUUUUCGAAAACCGCGUUCACGUGCUCGUCAUGAUCACUGGACUUGUUGACCAUGGCCGUGCCAAGUGCCACAAGUACUGGCCCGAUCCCGAAGUGGCACAGGAGAGCGACGGUACGCCCGAGCUGCGCGAAGCCGCCGAAAUCCAGGCCAACGUGGUUCCCGCAGCUGCUGCAGAUGCGCCCACCGAGAACUGGCAUUCCCGUCCCUCCGACGAGACUCCUGCUGCCGCAACAGAAGAAUCGUCGACCGCUGCGGACGAAGAAGAUGCUCCCGCGGCUGCUGCUUCGUCGGCCCCUGCUGCCAGCGGCAGUGGCAAGAACAAGAAGAAGAAGAACAAGAAGAAGAAGAACAUUCAGAUGGAUGAGCCCGAGUCUGAAGCUCCUAUUGCCGAAGUUCCUGCUGCUGACGCUCCUGUUGUUGCUGCUGAAGCUCCUGUUGCUGUUGCUGAAGCUGCUGCUCCUGCAGAGCCAGCUUGGCCCCCAAAGAGCUCGACCGCUUACGGCGACGUGGCCGUGCGCUGCGUGCAAGAGACGCGUCAUGAGCACUGGAUUGAGCGCCAGCUGGUCGUCUCCCAUCGUGUUGCGCUUGCCACUUGGACGCUGACCCAGAUCCAGUACACGUCCUGGCCCGACCACGGCGUGCCCUCUGAGCCCGGUCAAGUCCUCGAGCUCAUCUCGCACAUUGAGCAGCUCAAGGCGACUGCUCUUGAGCGCCACCCUCAGGGCUCGCGCGAGCAUCCCGGUUCUCUCACUGUGCACUGCAGCGCCGGUAUCGGCCGCACGGGCACAUUGAUUGUGUCCAUGUACGCUAUCGAGAUGCUAAACACGCUCGGCAUGGUCGAUGUGCUGGGCGCCCUUGAGACGGUUCGUCGUCAGCGUGCCCGCAUGGUCGAGACCCUUGAUCAGUACGAAUGCGUCAACCGUGUCGUUGUCGAGUACGCUCGUAAGCGCUACGGCGACGAUUCGAUUGAAUUCGAAGACCCUUUUGAAUGAGAGUGAUGAACUUGUUGUGUGUGAUGCUUUUGGUCAUGAAUUUGUCUUUGGAUUGAAAUGGACCAAGUAAAAAAAUCCAAACUGAGAA